CUCUGCAGAGGGGAGUUUUGUGCAUGUAUCAGGAGACUGGUGCUUAUUGUAGCAGAAUUGCAGUGCAGUCGACUGUACGGAACAAGGUAGCAUCCAUACUGUCUAUGAGGGUGGGGUCUGGCUGCACUGAGAGCUAAAAACACAGACAGACAGACAGAGGGAGAAAAAGGAAUAAGCACAGAAGAGGAGGGAGAGCUAACGCCAGAAGAGGAAUACAACAAGGGAUGAAAGGAGACACCCCUGUGAACAGCACCAUGAGUGUCGGCCAGGCAAGGAAGCUGGUGGAACAGCUGAAGAUUGAGGCCAGUUUUUGUCGAAUUAAGGUAUCCAAGGCAGCAGCAGACUUGAUGGCUUACUGUGAUGCCCAUGCCUGCGAAGACCCACUCAUCACACCUGUGCCCACCUCAGAGAACCCCUUCAGGGAGAAAAAAUUCUUCUGUGCCCUCCUCUGAGCAGGACGCAGAGAAUGGCAUCAGAGUCAUUUAGAUGAUUCUGAUUUGUGUACGUGCAUUACACAUAUAAACACAUUAAUUAACACAAAAUAUUACAAUGUGAGAGUUCUAAAUUUCUGGUUCCAAAAACCGUGGUUCCAGAAUUUCACCUUUGACAGUGGCCAAGGCUAAAUAUCCAUAACCUUGUUCGUGUGAGAACAUUUUGUGCUAUUUUCUGUGUUCUAUGAGAGACACUCAAUCUCUGUUUGGUAAGAUGUGCAUCAGAUAGAAAGCAGCAGUUAUAAAAUGUAUAUGGUAAACAGACACAUAUGCAAGCACAUGAUUUUUCUAUCCAAUGAAAAUAGGCGUUGGGGUUGAAUGUUUUCAUUAUUUUAACUUUUAUUAAACCUUUAAGUAACAUCCUUUGCUUUAUACUUUUUCCCUCACAUGGUAUACAAUUGUGAUUUAUAAAUUCUGUAUAUUUUGGGUUUUUUAAGCCUCCUUUAAAGUGGCUCUGUAUGCUUGUAAAUUUUGGCAAAGGACAAGUUUAACUUUUUGGACAUAUUAGCCAAGUAAGAUGCACAGACCUACACAUAACACUUCAAAACAAAACAAAAACAAAAUCUGAAUAAUGGAAACAGCUAUUGGCUAUCAACAAAGCAACAUGCUGUAUAGAUUUCAGUUCAGUAUCCAUACACUCAUAUGAACAGUAUCAGAUGAGUGUUACCCAAGAGUUCACCUGUUAAAGAGGCCAAGCAACAAGAAUCUGUAAUCACUAAAUCUUGAUGUGAUCCAGUCUGGGUUUACAAAAAUAUUAGACAGAAUCAAAUUAAAAAUAUAGUGUUACCAAGACUG